UUUCGGUUUAUAUAGACAACAAAAUGGCGAUGUCCAUGAUUCAGAUGAUCGACACUAUUUUUCAACAAGCAAAAAAUGCAACUCAAGAGGAAAUUGACAGUAUUUGUUCUAGAAUUCUUGACAGUCUCUAUGUACCAGAGCAGUCUGGAGAAAGCUUGAAUCUUUUAAGACAACUAUUCCUUAUUCUGCAUGUAUCACAAACAGAGCCAUGCUUACCAAAGAAGUUCAUUGCCACCAUGGUAAACAUGGUGAGUUCUAUGGACAGAGAAAAGACCAAAGAGUGUUUGUUGUGUAAACAAAUGAUGACAGAGUUGUUACCACGGGAACGAGAGGAACUGGGGCCAGACUUCUACACAGAAGAUGAGCGUGUCGACCCAAAGUCUGUGGCCAACUCGUUCACACUCUACCGAAUCCAGGGAAACAAAAACAAAUGCAUUGAAAAACUGAUACCUCAAGCUGUAAGAUGGAUGACAAGUGAAAAUGUGGAGCCUAUGGUACAGAGACAGGCGUUCUCCUUCCUCGUGGCAGUGUCUCUCCAGCACCGACUUCUCCUUACAGAAGGCAGUAUCAAACAGUGUAGUAGAAGUAUGUCGGAGUGGAUGAUGUCCGCGAGUCUACAACAGGCCCCCAACCCCUACACCAUCAAAAUAUUCAAAAAGGACCAGAACAGUGUGGUUACCGAGGUGGAUGGCACACCAAGCCGAAACUUCUUCACCGUUCUCAACAUUGGCCAGUACUACACAGAAGAUCAGUUCCUCAAUAUCUACAGCUUCUCCAUGCUUUAUAAGUGGCUACACCACUGUUUCUCCGUGGAGGCUUCGUCCUCGGCCAGAGACGGCGACCAAUCAGACAGCAGCUCGACCUCAUCGCCUGUCCACAGGGUUUUCGAUAUCCUGGUCAACAAGUCCAUCGAUUACUGCUUCAGAAUUCUUGACCAAUGUGACCGAAAACCGAAGGUACCAUCUGAUCAAGAUUUGCAGAAUGCUUGUCUCCUUGAGACAGUGAAUGUCCUUGACCUCAUUUGUAAGAUUGACACUGGUCAGAUAUCAAAGGUAUUCCAGGAGAUUCGAAGACUGUAUAACAGAUUGUCCCAGGACUCAAGCAAGUCUCGCCUGCUUCUACCCAUCCUACAGUUCUAUAUGAACCACAGUAAGGCUGUACUACAUGACCCCCAGGAAGCCUACAAACUAGUCUUCCAUGUAGUGUUAUCCAGGUAUUAUAUGGACAAUGCCUUGGUGUUUGACAUUGUCAUGUUCCUGAGACAGAAUCUGGAGGCCCUAUGUCACGACACCAAAAUUCUCUCCACUUACUUCCCCAAUAUCUUCAAGAUCCUAGCAUGGAACCCGCGGACCUAUUUGAGCGAGUUUGAGGAACUUUUACCAGCUCUGAUGUCACCCUCAACAGCACUUGAGAUUCUGCAUGUCCUACUGGACCUGCCAUGUAUGACGAUUGCCCUGGAGGUGACCGAACGGUUGGGUGGGAAAGGAGAGCCGCUCGGUCAGUCCGACACGGAUCCCACCUCAACUGUGGAGGCAUUCCAACACCUGUUCUACAGGCCCAUGUUUAACUUCUUCACGCGGGUGGAAGGUGGUCACGGGGACACCAUCAACAGACUAGCAAGCUUCCACAGUGCUGUGAAGGAUAUGAGUCAACACCCUCGUGUCAUCGUGUGUUCACAGACCGUGCCUGUCCUCCUCAGGGUCUGGUUUGAGGUGGUGCUAGAGGAGGGAACAACGGACUUCGCAGCCCAUUUACUUCCUGUUCUACUGGAGCGGUCGGCACUCCUGUACGACAUGCCAGACUUCAAAACAGAUAUUAAAAGAAUCUUGUCUGAGAAUGUUGUCCGGUUGUUCAAGAGGUUUCCACAGAUCCUCGUUGAGGAGCAAACAGAGAUACAGGAUUUUAUCACGAGUGUUUCCAACAUCACGGGACGUGAGGAAUUCUUUGCAAACAUGGUGUGGGCUGUUGGAGAGUACUGUUCCUCGACUCAUGAUGACAGGUGUAACACAGACAUCAUCAAGAGAUUCUUCGACACGCUAGAGCCUCUCACAUACGAAAUGUCCGCCAUGGUUUCCAUGGGGAGGGUGACCUGUCCUGAAGGUCAUGCCAAGAUCAUCUCCAUUCUCAUGUCAUCUAUUGCUAAGUUGUCAUCGCGGUGCCAAGACCUCAUCCCGAGGGCGGUGUUGUGUCUCAGCAAGGUCAGUCAACAGCAGCAGCAGUGUGGGGCCCAGGACCCGGAGAUACAAGAUGCUUUGGUCAGCCGUUCACAACACCUGGUCAACCUUCUGCAGAUUCCAAAUUUUGCUGCUGUUGUUUUAAAUCCUAGUCCAGAAAUACAUACAGGCAGAUGGCAUCUGGACAGCACAGGUUUACCAUCUAUGCUUAGAGGUGUACACAGGAUCAUAGCAUCCGACUCUUAGCAUUCAAUGAACAAUUUAUCAUUGCUAUUCGUGGAAUCACAUACUCGCAUUGUGCCAAUGGUGUUUAUUUGUUAUAUACAAUACAUUUAUUACUGUUAUUAAAAU